UUUUGUUGCUUAAAGCUUGCCUUCUUCCCCUUGACCCUUAUCCUCUCUCUCUCUCUCUCUCUCAGAAAAGAGAAAAAACAACUCAGCUGCUGAGCUGCCAAUUCAGCUCUCCCCCAUCUGAAAAAGAAUUUCAUUUCAUGCUCCACAAGGAGAAAGAGAUAGAGAGCUUGACCCACUAGGCCACCACUAAGUUGAGGGUCGGCUACAGUUGUCCUAGCAGAAGCAGCAAAGAAAAAAAAACAAUUCAAAAAAAAAAUUAAAAAAAUAGUAUCUAUCGAUCCCACACCGGGUCAUAUGAUCAUGGAAGGUGAUGAAAAUGGGAUCCGCAUCCGGCCCAAUUUUCCAUUACAGUUUCUCGACAAGAGAAAGGAGGAAGAAGCAGCUGCCUCCUCCUCCAGCUACGGUGGCGCUGAGCCUGCAGGUUCUUCCAAGGCCGUAGUCGUUGCCCGAUCCACUUCCGAUGUAUCCAGCAUUCAAGAAAAGAAGCCUGCUCCUCCCAAAAGGACGUCAACGAAAGACAGGCACACCAAAGUGGACGGUCGUGGCCGCCGGAUCCGCAUGCCUGCCACGUGCGCCGCUAGGGUUUUUCAGCUGACUAGAGAGCUAGGGCACAAGUCGGAUGGGGAGACCAUCGAGUGGCUGCUCCAGCAGGCCGAACCGGCCGUCAUCGCCGCCACCGGGACCGGCACUAUUCCCGCCAACUUCACAUCCCUCAACAUCUCGCUGAGGAGCUCCGGCUCGAGCAUGUCGGCGCCGUCGCACUUGAGGACCAGCGGCUACUUCAACCCGACCAACAGCAGUAGCAACCUGUUGUUCGGCGGCGGCGCAUCGCAGUUGAUGGAGGAGCAGCAGCGCGGCAGGGUCUUGUUUCCGGGGGUUGAUUUGUCUCCGUCUUCAAUGUUGUUGAAUUUCAACUCCGGAAAUGUGAAUGCCAUGUUGGAAGCCAAGCAAGAAAUGCGCGAUCAAGGUAAUAAUAAUACUAGUGCUACUACUACUCUUGAUCUUGAUCAUAUGUCCAGAGAGGGGAGUAGUAUAGGAAGAAAGAGAAGGCCUGACGAGCAAGAUUUGUUAUCGUCAUCAUCGUCCCAUACUAGUCAUAGUCAAUUGGGGAAUUACAUGUUGCAAUCGAGCACGGGGUCGAUUCCGGCAAGCCAGAGUACGAUUCCGGCGACAUUUUGGAUGGUGGCGAACAAUCCUUCUAGUAACAACAGCAAUCAAGGCCAGGCUGGGAAUAUGAGUGGUGGUGGUGGUGGCGGUGCUCAUCUUCAUCAUCAAGACCCACCUAUGUGGACAUUUCCCACUACUGUCAACGGUAACCAUGGGCUGCAUUUCAUGAAUUUUGCUCCUCCAAUGGCAAUAUUACCAAGUCAAGUGCAAUUGGGGACCUCGGUAUUGAGCACUGGUGGAGGCGGCGGAGGAGGCGCAAUGGCGGACAGCCACUUGGGUAUGCUGGCGGCGCUCAACGCGUAUAGGCCAAUUCUCAGCGGUGGCGCUCCGGUGAAUGGGCAGCAUCCAUCAGACGAUGCAGAUGAGGGACAACAUGAUGAGCAUUCAAAUGCUAGUCAACGUUAAUCCUAGGUCCGCUACAAGAGUAUGGCUUGCUUAGUUGGUUGAUUCUUAAUUAAGCGCUUUCGUUUUCUAAUUGUUUUAGCAAUUAGCUAGUUAAGUUUCUAAAAGUGCAUAUAUGUUCGAUCAUUUGCAACAAGUUGAGGUGCGCGCGAGUUUGAUUGCUUUGGAUUUGAGUUGAAUGUUGGAUUUUAGUGUGAGACUAUAUAUGAUCAAGUACCAGUGAGAAGAGUUUAGGGUUUUGAGAGAGAGAGACUAUAUAUUAACAUGCGAGCUGUUCUUGUUUUACAAGAUAUGGGUUGAUUUUUUCUGGGUGUGUGUACUGAACAAUGACUCCAUGGUUUGCUUAUGAACUUUCCAUGCAUGCACUGAUCUAUA